AUGGGUGAAAUUGAAGUAAACUAUGGUUCUACUUUACCAACCGAAUCAUUAAAGGUGAUUGCGGAAAGUGUUGGUAUUGGUAAUCUCUCCGACGAUGCAGCUAAAGAAAUAUCCGAUUCUGCCACUUAUCGUCUUAAAUUAGUGUUACAAGAAAGCAAAAAGUUUAUGAUGCAUUCUAAUAGAUGCAAAUUACUACCAUCAGACAUUGAUAAUGCUUUAAAAGUUUUCGGUAUUGAACCUAUAUAUGGAUUUCAUGCUAAAGACCACAUACCAUUUAGGUAUGCAUCUGGUGGUGGACGAGAAUUACAUUUCAUCGAUGAUAAAGAUAUUGAUCUUAUCGAAUUUGUUAAUGCUCCUUUGGCUAAGUUGCCUUUAGAAAUCAGCAUUCGAUGCCACUGGCUCGCCAUUGAUGGAGUUCAACCAACCGUACCAGAAAAUCCUCCUUCUGUAUCCAAAGAUGUUCAAAAACUUGAAUGUGUAGAUCCUUUAAACAAAUUAAAAAAACCCAUCGAUAAAGAAGUUUCUGGACGUCCAUCUACUGGAAAAGCUCAAAAAUUACGCAAUGUUGAAACUGUUCAUGUGAAACAGUUGGCAACUCAUGAGUUAUCAGUUGAACAACAGCUUUAUUACAAGGAAAUCACAGAAGCUUGUGUUGGAUCUGAUGAAUCUAGAAGAGCUGAAGCUCUUCAGAGUUUGGCAUCUGACCCGGGCCUUCAUGAAAUGUUACCUCGCAUGUGUACAUUUAUUGCAGAAGGAGUAAAAGUAAAUGUUGUGCAAAAUAAUUUAGCAUUACUUAUUUAUUUAAUGAGGAUGGUCAAAGCAUUAUUGGAUAAUCCAGCACUUUAUUUAGAAAAAUAUCUGCAUGAAAUUAUCCCUUCUGUGGUCACUUGUGUCGUAAGUAAACAAUUGUGCAUGAGACCAGAAAUUGACAAUCAUUGGGCUUUGAGGGAUUUUGCCUCACGUUUAAUGGCACAAAUUUGUAAAAUGUUUAAUACACCAACAAACAAUGUACAAACUCGUAUAACUAGAGUAUUUACAAAUGCUACUAAUUCAGACAAAACCGCUCUUCCAUCAGUGUAUGGUGCACUUGAAGGUUUAGCAGAGCUAGGCACAGAAACAAUAAAAGUAUUUGUCAUUCCCAGAGUACGCAUGAUAUCUGAUAGACUAGAUUCACCAGAAGUUACACAGAAUAAUGUUGACCGAAUAUCCGGGAACCAAAUUAAACACUUACUUUGUAAAAUAUUGACUCCUGUGUUAAAAACAACUCAUUCAUCACCAGAUAGUUUGGAAGAAUACAAAAAAGAAUUUGGAUCUAUUAGUGUUCAAUUGUAUGCUGCUGUAUGUAAAGCUCGUACAACGACUAUUAUCCAAAGUACAAGCAACCAAACUGUAGCACAAACAAAUACACAAUCUAGAACAGUUGUUGGUCGACCAGUUGCAACAACUACAAGUAACACAAUAAAUCCUCAAAAAUAUGUACUGAUGUCUCAAAGACCUGCUGUUGCACAAACUCCACCAAAUAAAACAGUUUAUAUAUCUCAGCAAAAUAUAAAAUCAGAAUUUCAAGAUCCUAGUAAUUGA